AUAAGAGCAAACGUUGUGUUGUUGUUAAUAUUUUAAUACAUUUUUUUAAUCUAAACCAUGUCGAGAGUUUUUAUUUUGCUGUCUGUCGUUUUGUUUAGUAUUUGUCAAACUGAGCAAGCACAUUUUCUAACCGACGAUUACAUUAAUCAAAUAAAUAAUGAAGCAACAACAUGGAAGGCCGGUAAAAAUUUCGCUUCGGACACUCCCGUCGAGUACUUUAAGAGCAUGUUGGGGUCCAAAGGCGUAAGAAAAUCGUCAAAAGGUCCGUUAAAAACUGAUGAUUCGAAUUAUAUUAACUUCCAUUACAUUCCUCCUAUAUUCGACGCGAGAAUAAGGUGGAGACACUGUCAAACGAUCGGCCACGUCCGAGAUCAAGGAAUGUGCGGCAGCUGUUGGGCAAUAGCGACCACGAGCGCUUUUUCCGACCGCCUAUGCAUAGCCACCGACAGGAAAUUCAACCAACUGAUUUCUGCUGAAAAAUUGACUUUUUGUUGUUAUUUUUGCGGUUUUGGAUGUUUUGGCGGGUGGCCAAUCAUGGCCUGGAGAUACUUCAAAUAUUUUGGCAUUGUCACCGGAGGAGACUACGGCAGCAACGAAGGUUGCCAACCAUACAGAGUACAGCCAUGUUCAGUUGACGAGACAGGAAAUAACACGUGCAGUGCUGCACAUAUUGAAAAACCACACAGGUGCAGACGAAAAUGUUACGGUAACACCACCAUUGAUUACCACAACGACCACUUCUACACCAGAGACGCGUACCACCUUACGGCUGCGAUGAUUCGAAAGGACGUGAUGGCUUACGGCCCAGUCGAAGCGUCUUUCGACGUGUACGACGACUUCUUUAGCUACGAAUCUGGCGUCUACGUGAAGACGGAAAACGCUACUUAUUUAGGAAGACACUCCGUAAAAUUAAUCGGUUGGGGAGUCGAUUGGGAUGUACCUUACUGGUUGAUGGUGAACUCGUGGAAUCCCAACUGGGGUGAUAAGGGAAUGUUCAAGAUCCGAAGGGGCACUAACGAGUGUGGAAUCGAAGAUUUGGUGACAGGUGGCGUGCCCGUUACUUACUAAAAACCAAAAAAAUAAUAAAAAAGCAUGUAGUCUAAACUCGUUAGUUAUAUAACUUGUAUUGUAUAUUUUUAAUAUGCGACAAUCCCAAAAUGAAAUUAUUAGAGUAAUAUAGUUUAAAAUUAAAAAACUUUUGGUUUAUUACUUGUGAACUGAAAAAAGACUAAAAAUGCAGAAUCAAAAGAACUGGUAGGAGAAUGGGGUAUUGUAGAUUUAAGAGCGAAAACAAGGUUGAGGAUCCGUUUUACCUGUAAGGGUUUUUGACUUUAAUGCUCAAAUUAAGAUUUAGUUAUGAAUUAACCAUGUCAGGUUAAUAAGUCGGACCGUAAACAAUUUAAAUUCAUGAGUUUGGAUAGGUAAUGGCUUCUUAUCUAUGGCCACGUGGCAUGUAUUCUGUUGUUGCCGCACGGUCUAUCAACUAAAUAUGAAA